AUGGGAGUCAUUCGCUACAUGGGGGAGACAGACUUUGCCAAGGGGGAGUGGUGCGGGGUGGAGCUGGACGAGCCUCUGGGGAAGAACGACGGGGCAGUGGCUGGGACAAGGUAUUGUCUCUACCAUGUUGGAGACCCCAACGCUUUCCUGAACUACUGGGUUCUGAGGGUUGCCUUUUCUGGAGCAACGGCCUGCGUGGCUCACAUCGAUGGAUCAGACCUGUACAUUGCCAACUCAGGAGACGCUCGGGCAGUGUUGGGGGUGCAGGAGGAGGACGGUUCGUUCACCGCUCACACACUCUCUAACGACCACAGCGCCCAGAAUGAGGAAGAGGUGGCCCGGAUACGAGCUGAACACCCCCCUUCAGAGAAGAAGACAGUUAUACGACAGGACCGGUUGCUCGGCCUGCUCAUGCCGCUGCGUGCUUUUGGAGAUGUGAAGUUCAAGUGGAGUAUUGAGCUGCAGAAGUGUGUGUUGGAGUCCGGGCCCGAUCAGCUCCAUGAAAACGAGCACUGCAAGUUUAUCCCUCCAAACUACCACACCCCCCCCUACCUGACCGCCGAGCCGGAGAUCACGCACCACAAACUGCGGCCACAGGACCGCUUCAUGGUGAUUGGCUCCGACGGCCUCUGGGAGACGCUCCACAGACAGGAAGUGGUUCGUAUUGUGGGGGAGUAUAUAACAGGGGUUUCCCAGCGUCAGCCCCUCAAAGUGGGGGGCUUCAAGGUCUCCCUGGGACAGAUGCAGGAGCUGCUUGACGAGAGAAAGGCUCGCGAGUCUUCGGCUUUCGAGGAUCAGAACUCAGCGACCCACCUGAUACGCCACUCGGUGGGAAACAACGAAUUCGGCACGGUUGACCACGAGAGACUGUCGAAAAUGCUGUCGCUGCCCGAGGAGCUGGCUCGCAUGUACCGCGAUGACAUCACCAUUAUCAUCUCUCAGUUCAACCCUCAUGUGAUCGGAGCCCAGAGACAAGACGGGCAGUCCUGAGCUGUACCUCCACCGGUGUUUCACUGCAGAUAACGCACAUUUGUGUAACUGUGUACUUGUACACAUAAGCCCACUGUGGACAAACAGGGCAUAAUGAGAAAAUAUCUGUCCAGCUGAAUUGUUUUAACUCUAUUUAAGUAAAUACCUUGUAUAUUUGUAUGCAGUACUACAGAAGAUCCAGUUCCUCGUGAAGAUCUUUGUUGGAUGGAAGUCAAUUAUAUGACGCUAUUUAUGCUCCCAACAUCCUCUGGCAACCCUUGCAUACACACCUCUCUGCGUGGCUGAUAAGACGCUGUUACAAACUGACUUUUGUGCCAAAAGACUCGACCUCCUCGUUCGCUGAAAGACUCGGGUUGAAAUUGUAGAUCUUCCAAAGAGCAUAAGGGUUGGGACUCGAUGCAGCACUGACUCAACCUGAUUCUCUGAUAUGGACUCAAACUGGGCUGUGCCAUUGUAACACCAACACUCUUUCUCAGGUGUUAUUUCCAACUCACUCACAAUAUUUCUCUGCCCCUGUAUCUGCUUAACAUGCACGUGUUCUGCAUUUACACUUAAGUAUUUGAAAGAUUGACUCCAAAAAAUGUUAUUGAUAUUUGAUCUCCUCACCCAAACAAAUGCACCCCCCUCAGUGCUGUUGGCAUGUGCCAGAUUUACAUCCUUGACCUUUUCACGCCCCCUGUUGCUGAUUGGCUGGAUUAGUGUUGUUGUUGCUCUGAGCUACAUUGUUUGUUUCCCAUUUACAGACCUGUGUAUGAACCACAGAUUCAUUUUUCAGUGCGUAAACAGAACUGAAAGCUAGCAGAUCGUAACAAGAUAUCGACUGAAUUUGAGAAAAAGUGUCACUGACUCCAACUUUAAAUUGCUGACGUUAAGCUUUAAAGUGCUUUCUUCCAUAUUGGCACUCUAGUGAACAUCUUGUGGGGAAAAGAUGGUUAUCGGGAAGAGAAACAAUGAUUCAGUUACACACAAUGUUAUCAAUUUAAAUAGAUACUGGAUACCUCCUUUUAAUCUCUUCAAAUGAAAAGCAAAGAAUAAUCAAACAGACUUUAUUUCAAAGUGUCACGAGCCAAAAAGGUUGGGAAACACUGAGCUAUGUUUUCAAUAUGCUAAAACACAGAGUAAUAAAAUAGUCCUACAAAUAUUGACCGACUACACACUUAUGUACUGAAAGGAGGACAUGCAUGUGCACUACAGGUGUAUUGUCUUGAUGGUAAUUAGGUGAAUUACGGUUCAUAUAUAUACAUAUAUAAUACAACCCUAAGUUAAAUGAGAGUUUUGUAGCUUUUUUUCCAAGCUUUAUGGGUUAAAGGGAUGCUUGUUUAGGGUUCAUCUUGCAUUAUAUCAUUUAUUAAGAAUUUUCAGUUUGGGUGACGGUUUGAUUUAUAUAUGACAGCUUUGUUGAAAGCAGAAACACUCUCCUGAUACUCUCCAGUUAAACACUAAGGACAAGGUCGAAGUGUUGUGUUUGAGCCCACAGGAAAGAGCAGAAUGUACAUUUGAAAGCAGUUGUUUGAAUAUCAGAUUAUUUAAAAAGAUUUUACAGUACAUGUAUGUUACACAUCUUUAUUUACAGUUGUAUGUAUGAAAUGUAAUUUAUGUGGAUUAUGUUUUGUAUAUGGAAAUGCUUUAAUA